CUUUCAUAUUACAUCUCUUCUUCUUUUUCACCAUUUUUGCAAGCGAUGGAAACCAGAACAAAUGUUUUGUUUCUCUUCCUACUCAUCAUCACAAUACUGUUAAACUCCACCAAAAAAAUCCAAGCACGUCAACAUAAAAACCCUAGUUCCUCCUCAUCUUCUUUUCUUGUUCUUGCCUUGACCAAAUCAAGUGUUUCUCUUCCCACACCAAUAUCCCAACCCCAAGAAAGGAUCAAGAAGCCAUUAGAAUCAUCACUAGAUGUUGUAGUAAUGGAGCCCUUGAGAGAAGUGAGAGAUGGUUAUUUAAUAACUUUGAACAUUGGAACACCUCAACAAGCAGUCCAAGUGUACAUGGACACAGGAAGUGAUCUCACUUGGGUUCCAUGUGGGAAUCUAAGUUUUGAUUGCAUAGAUUGUUAUGAUCUCAAGAACAACAAUCUAAAAUCAUCAUCAAUCUUCUCCCCUCUUCAUUCAUCUUCAUCUUUUAGAGCCUCUUGCGCUAGUUCCUUUUGCGUCGAGGUCCAUAGUUCCGACAAUCCUUUUGACCCUUGCGCAAUUGCUGGCUGCUCUGUGAGUAUGCUUCUCAAGUCCACUUGCUUACGACCUUGUCCCUCCUUUGCUUAUACUUAUGGUGAAGGGGGUCUUGUCUCUGGGAUACUAACCAGAGAUAUAUUGAAGGCUCGAACAAGGGAAGUCCCAAGGUUCUCUUUCGGUUGUGUAGCAUCCACUUACCGUGAACCUAUUGGCAUAGCUGGAUUUGGAAGAGGUAUACUCUCUCUCCCCUCGCAGUUAGGCUUUGUUGAAAAGGGGUUUUCUCACUGUUUCUUGCCUUUCAAGUUUGUCAACAACCCUAACAUCUCAAGCCCAUUGAUACUAGGAGCCUCAGCUUUAUCGUUCGAUCUCACCGACUCUUUACAGUUUACUCCCAUGUUAAAUACUCCAAUGUACCCCAACAGUUACUACAUCGGUUUAGAAUCAGUUACAAUAGGCACAAAUAUCACUCCCACACAGGUUCCUUUAACCUUAAGACAGUUUGAUUCACAAGGAAAUGGAGGAAUGCUGAUCGAUUCAGGUACGACUUACACACAUUUACCCGUUCCUUUCUACUCGCAACUCCGCACAGUUCUCCAAUCAAUCAUCACAUACCCGAGGGCCACGGAAACUGAAUCAAGAACUGGCUUUGAUCUCUGCUACAAAGUCCCAUGUCCUAACAAUAAUCUCACUAGCCUCGAGAACGAUGUAAAGUUGGUCUUUCCUUCAAUUACAUUCAAUUUUUUGAACAAUGCAACCUUACUUCUCCCUCAAGGUAACUGUUUUUACGCAAUGAGCGCGCCUAGCGACGACUCGGUGGUGAAAUGCUUGUUGUUUCAAAACAUGGAAGAUGGAGAUUAUGGACCGGCCGGAGUUUUCGGGAGUUUUCAGCAACAGAAUGUGAAGGUAGUUUAUGAUUUGGAGAAAGAGAGAAUAGGGUUUCAAGCUAUGGAUUGUGUCUUAGAAGCUACUUCACAUGGACUCAACCAAGGCUCAUGA